UUCUGUCGCACAUCGUUGAGAUCACAAUAGCGUCGCCAUUUUCGGAGCUCUUUGUGCGCGUCCGUCUGUUUAGACUUUUCUGCUUUUAGCACGGUUUUGGUCGACUUUUAAUACACAUUCGUUGACAAAACAUGCAAGGAUACAGAGGCCCUCAACAGAACCACGGUCCAAACCGUCCGGGGAACCACUUCAAAGGCGAAGGGCCCAACAGCAACGGACAGCAGCCGGAGCCUAGCGAGCAGACCAACCCCAACGCGGCCUUAACGUUGGACCCGCAGAGCUUCAGGAAACCUGGAGAGAAAACAUUCACCCAGCGGAGCAGGCUGUUCGUGGGGAACCUGCCCACCGGAGUCACCGAGGAGGAUCUGGUCAAGCUGUUCUCCAAGUACGGGAACGCCAGCGAGAUAUUUGUCAACAAGGACAGAGGUUUCGGGUUCAUCCGACUGGAGACCAGGAUCAUCGCGGAGAUCGCCAGAGCGGAGUUGGAUGAUUUCGUGUUCAAAGGCAGACCCAUCCGUGUGAGGUUCGCCACACACGGUGCCGCUUUAUCCGUGAAAAACUUACCGGAGUUUGUGUCCAACGAGCUCCUUGAGGAGGCCUUCGCCGUCUUCGGCCAGAUAGAGAGGGCCCUGGUGAUAGUGGAUGAUCGGGGCAGGCCCACGGGGAAAGGCAUCGUGGAGUUCACCGCCAAGCCAGCAGCUAGAAAAGCUCUGGAUAAAUGCAGUGACAGCGCCUACCUCCUCACAGCGUUUCCCCGGCCCAUCACCGUGGAGCCCAUGGACCAGUUCGACGAGGACGAGGGGCUGUCGGAGAAACUGAUCAACAAGAACCAGCAGUAUCACAAGGAGCGUGAACAGCCCCCACGGUUCGCUCAGCCAGGAUCCUUCGAGUACGAGUACGCCAUGCGUUGGAAAGCCCUGAUGGAGAUGGAGAAGCAGCAGUACGAGAUGGUGGACCGCAACAUGAAGGAGGCUCAGGAGAAGCUGGAGGCCGAGAUGGAGGCGGCCAGACACGAGCAUCAGGUGAUGCUGAUGAGGCAGGACCUGCUGAGGAGGCAGGAGGAGCUGCGGAGGAUGGAGGAGCUCCACAACCAGGAGCUGCAGAAGAGGAAGCAGGCUGAGCUGCGACAGGAGGAGGAGCGCCGGAGGAGAGAGGAGGAGAUGAGGCUGCGCAACGAGGAGCUGAUGAAGAGGCAGCAGGAGGGCUUCAGGGGAGGCUUCUCUGAGAACAGAGAGCAGGAAAUGAGGAUGCACAUGGGUGGCCACGGCAUGUCCAUUAAGCGAAAUUCCCUGGGUGGAGGUUCAGGAGCUGCAGGUGCUGCUAGCAUGGCUGCUGAGAGUGCUCCUAUGAUGGCAGGGUCAGGUAGCAGCAGCAACCUGCCUGGAGGAGGUCAAGGGGGCUUCCCCAGAGGGCUCCCUGGGCCUGGAGACUAUAACAAGCAGCGCAGAUUUUGAAUCACAUGUCUGUAUUUUUUCCCUAUGUUCCAACUCACUGUAUGUCAAAGUUUAAGGUAGUGGAUGUUACCUUUGAACUUUUAAAACCGUUUGGGUUUUUUGUACUUUUCUUGUAUUUUUGAGUUGUUUCAGUUCUAAUAUGUCUUUCCAAACGAGCCAUGCAUUUUACAUUAUUUCUGACAUAGUUUUUUGCUAGGGAUAGAUAAUGAUUUUUUUGUCUGAAAUGUUACAUUUUCUGUAAUAAAUUCAUGAUUCCCUAAAAAGAAGUGUUUUAUUCAGGACAGAAUAGUUUCACAGCACAAUGCACCAAUCAGGCGUCCCAUGCGAUUCUGUGAGCUCUAAACUGAAGGUCGCCUUUUAGACCCAUUUUGUUUUUUCCUCUUUAAUGACAAAACCACACGUAGGAGAAAAUAUGUGUUGCGCAUUAUCUGACACGUUUCGAUUUGAAUCCAACGGUAAAUGAGUUAUUAUGGAUAAAUCAGUCGUCCACAGUUAUGCAUUAAAGAAAAUGUCCCUGUAGUUCAUUUGAUUUUUUUAUUAAAUGCUAAAAUGUGUAUAAAAGCUGUUGGUUGGUGCAUUUAUUGACCAAAAACUAUUGUGACUUCUUGAUGGAUCUAAUGAAUAGGGAAAAAAAAUAGACAAUACUGUAUUUGACCUGCCGAUCGAGGGAAAAUUGGGUGAUUUCUGUCCGAAAAGCAACAAUUGUUCCAACUGCAGGAAAAAUAAACUCAUUGAUCCUGUUAUGUAA